GAGCAGAGCCACUUGGCCAGCUAUGCAAACGCACUUGGACCAUAUCAGAAGAGGACCACUUGCUUUCUGGGUAUAUAAACCGCAUCAAGCUUAUCUCUGCACGCACUCCUGACUCCCAUUUGGAGAUAUUUCAUUAACCGCGCGCUGUCUUAACGCAGGCUACACAACUCGUCCCAUUCCAGUCAUCAGUCACCAGCGGAUUGCCAAACGGGUGCAGCAACUUUCCUGCAUUAAUUUCCCCAGAAUAUGUCGUUAACCAACACAAAGACGGGCUUUUCUGUAAAGGACAUUUUGGACCUCCCUGACACGAAUGAUGAAGAAGGAUCUAUCACUGGACCGGAGGAAGAUAACGAGGGAUCGGAGACAACAAAAAACACUGGAGUUUUGGUGCAAAGUCCUCUAGAAAACGUUCAGAAUCUGCCUAUAAAGAACCCCUUUUAUGAUAGUAGUGACAAUCCUUACACAAGAUGGCUUGCCACCACGGACAGUAUCCAAUAUUCACUGCAUGGUCUAUCAGCUAGUUCUCAAGACUCAGCCAAGUCCCCAGAACCCUCCGCGGAUGAAUCGCCAGACAAUGACAAGGAAACUUCAAGCAACGGCAGCGACUCCGGUAAGAAGCGAAAAAGAAGAGUGCUGUUUUCCAAGGCACAGACGUACGAACUUGAGCGUCGGUUUAGGCAACAGAGAUACCUUUCCGCGCCAGAGAGAGAACACCUCGCGAGUUUGAUUCGCCUGACACCAACUCAAGUGAAAAUUUGGUUCCAGAAUCAUCGGUACAAAAUGAAGAGAGCGCGCGCUGAAAAAGGUAUGGAAGUGACCCAUCUCCCCUCUCCCCGGCGGGUGGCCGUGCCUGUCUUAGUCAGGGAUGGAAAGCCUUGUCAUACUCUUAAAGCUCAGGACUUGGCGGCCACAUUUCAGGCUGGAUUCCCUCUCUCGGCAUAUAGCGCCCAGACCCUUCAUCAAAUGCAAUAUAAUGCUCAGUACAGCGCCGCCACCACGCCACAAUUCCCUUCAGCACAUCAUUUGAUGCAAACGCAACAGUGGACUUGGUGAACUAGUAGAGACUGGCGGGGCUGCCCUUUAAGAGCACGAUAGGGGGUUCACUACAAAAUAAAGACUUUUCAUUUUGCAGCUUGACCCAUAGGCCUAUUUACCAUUUUUUGGGGGGGCUAAUGUGUGCGCCAUGUUUACAUGUUUUCGUUAAGAGAACUGGGUCCAGCCUCUCCCUAGAUUUAAGAAUGUCAAUGCUCUUGUGAAAUUUUGUAAAGUAUGUUUGUGUGUUGUAGAAAUGUUUUCUUUUUGUCCUUCGUGUUAUAAGCACGUGCAGAACCACUUUAUAAUUAUAGAAGAUUUCUUGCUUCUUUUACAAUGGACCGAAAAUAUUUAUGGCCAUGAAUAAACAUUGGCAACUUUUAGCUUUUUUCCCUUUGUUUUUUGUAAAUACUUUGUCGUAAUUGUUUGCCAACCAGAAACAUGCAGGAUCGUAUAAGUGGAGAUAUACAUAUUUCCAAUUAAAAAAGAAGGGAGAAUUUGUGGCGAAAUUGUCAUGACUGUAGUAACAGAUCCCAUAUGAUUAUGUGAAUAACAGUUCAAUCGCGCGCUGAUGGGGAAAUAUACCGAUUUUUAUAAGGAUUUUAAUAAAAUGCUGUGUUUCAGAAAUUA